CAUGCAAAGGUUUCGAUGACGAGAAAUGCCACAUGGACAAUGUCUAACUUCUGCAGGGGAGAGCCACAGCCUCCCUUUGAUUUGGUGAAGCCAGCAUUUCCUGCUCUUGAGCGUCUCGUCCAUUCAAAUCAUGAAGAUGUCCUGACAGAUGCUUAUUGGGCUCUCUCAUACAUUUCUGUUGGUACAAAUGACAAAAUCCAAGCUGUGAUUGAAGCAGGUGUUUGUGUCCGACUUAUUGAGCUCCUCCUGCAUCCGUCUCCUUCAGUGCUCAUCCCUGCCCUUCGGACAGUUGGAAAUAUUAUGACAGGAGAUGAUCUUCAGACUCAAUGUAUAAUCAACCAUGGUGCACUACCUUGUCUUUUGAGCCUUUUGUUCCACAAUCAUAAAAAGAGCAUCAAGAAAGAAACUUGUUGGACUAUCUCAAACAUUACAGCUGGAAACAAUGAGCAGAUACAAGCUGUUAUAGAUGCUGGUUUAAUUGCCCCCUUGGUCAAUCUGCCUCAAAACGCAGAGUUCGAUAUAAAAAAAGAGGCUGCAUGUGCAGUUUCAAAUGCUACUUCAGGGGGUACCCAUAAUCAAAUUAAGUUCUCGAUGAGUCAGGGUUGUAUAAAACGAUUGUUUCAUUUGAGUGAUGCAUAA